GACUGAAUUUAUUGCGACGAUAACGGCGUCGACCUGAAGACAGACAGUGUUUGGAAAUCCACCGCUAGUGGAACGGUGUCCGUUAAAUACGGAACGUUUUCCAACAAAACCAUGGAUCGAAAGAUCCAACAUUUCACGGAAAAAACUAACCAGUUUGAACAUCGCGUCCAUCGGUAGCCAGCCACCUUCUUUCGAUCGAUCGCACACAAGAGUCUGAGAUGGUGUCACCGGGGAGAAAUGUGUUUAAAAUAGUGGAACAAAAGUGAACCAGGUUAUUUCGGCUUCUUACGCUUCAAGUAGCCAUUGCUUUGGCACAAGACAUAUUCGAUGUCGGAAGCUACGAAGAAGGUCCCUGUGGACGCUGGAUGCCAGGUGAGGUGGAUCUGCGCUCAUUCGACCUGAUUCGCGAGUUCCAUCUGGAUCAACAUGAAACGAACAAUCGACAUGUGUACAGCAUCGAGGGGAGCAAUAUGUACCAAACCGCAUACCGGCUGGAGAGCGAAGCAAAUCUUACCAUGAGAUCUAUCGAUGCGUUUCCGCGCGGUCUGCCACAUCAAUUUUCGCUUGAGUGUACCUAUCGGACGGAAGGCGAACCUGCCGCGCCUUGGCAUUUGUUCGAGGUGACGAACGAACAUCACGAGAGUCAGCUAGCCGUUACCAUGAACCCGAGCAGACAAACGCUAGAAAUUGGUCUCCCGAGCGAUGAGGGAGAUCUGCAGGUGGUGGAGUAUCAUCAUGCAGCUCUAUUCGACCAACGAUGGCACAAGAUCAUGUUGGGCGUGACGAACGACUAUCUGAAUUUAUGGGUGGAUUGUGAACCUGUCAAGGACGUGGAAGGCAAUCUCAAUGCUCCGCUGGAUACUCGCGGACGGUUCGACACCAACAACGGUUACGUGUCAAUGUCUCGCUACGCAGAAACCUCAGUGAUGGAGCCAGAGUCCCCGAUAAUAGAUCUCCAAUGGAUGGUCAUGAACUGUGAUCCCGCUCGGCCAGCCCGUGGCAAUUGCGAUGAACUUCCCCUGUAUGAUGUUGCUCAUAUAUCAACCAAUCUACCCCACGGUCAGGAGCCAAAAGCGGACUGUAAUGCUGUCUGCCCACCCGGAUACAAUGGAACUGAUGGAGCACCGGGAAUACCAGGUUUACCAGGCGAGAAGGGCAGCAGGGGUGAACCGGGAAGACGUGGCCCACCUGGUCCUCAAGGUUUACCAGGUUUAGCUGGUUCAAUGAUGAUAGGACAGAAAGGAGAAACUGGUGCAGUAGGUCAGAAGGGAGAACCUGGUGUUGGUGCAUUAGCUGGAGCUGCCGUUCUGGGUGCUCCUGGAUUACCCGGGCCUCCCGGACCACCUGGAUUCGGAAUCAAAGGCGAGAAGGGUGAUCGAGGUACUGAUGGCUAUCCUGGAUUAAGAGGUGAAUCAGUACAAGGUCCACCUGGUCGACCGGGCCUUCCAGGACCGGUGGGACCUCCGGGAUUUGGUGCUAGAGGAGAGAAGGGUGAAAGGGGUGAACCAGGAUUACCUGGUCGAGAUGGUCUAGCUCUGACUGGACUAACCGGUAUUAAGGGAGAGAAGGGAGAACCGGGCGAGGUUGCGCACGCCUCGAGCUCACGAGGAGAAAAGGGUGAAAAAGGAGAUACUGGAUCGCGAGGUCCUACAGGUAUUCAAGGUAUACCAGGACUACCGGGAGCCAUGGGACCUCCUGGUCCACCUGGGUUUACCGCACCUGACAGCGGAUACGCAACAGGAAACAUUGGGCUGGCUAUACCCGGUCCACGAGGAGCACCUGGUGCUCCAGGUACCCCUGGAGCUCCAGGACCACCAGGUCCCCCUGGUUUACCAGCUGAAGUGGGUUCUUCAGGCGGUGGUAGAUUCUAUGAAAACUUCAUGAGUUAUGGACAUCGUGGACCAGUUGGACACACAGGUUUACCUGGCGAACGUGGUGCUGGUGGUGAAAGAGGACCCGAAGGUUCGGUUGGAUAUCCUGGUCCUCCAGGACAAGAUGGAGCCCCUGGGAUGCAAGGAACCCCUGGUAUUCCGGGACAACCGGGUUCCCCUGGACUACCAGGUCCUCCGGGAAGAAGCUUCACCGAAUCUGAAGUACGGGAUAUAUGCGCAGCAGUGUUGCGAGAUCAGUUGGCAGAACUAACGGAAGGCUUGAUUGGACCACCAGGUCCUCCAGGUGUUUCCAGGCCUGGACGACCAGGGGUUCCUGGUAAACCAGGAUCAAAAGGGGAUCGUGGCUACUCCGGUCCUCCUGGGGACAGAGGUUAUCCUGGUGAACCAGGGAACCCUGGAUUGCCGGGUGUUCCGGGUGAGCGAGGUGAACCAGGUGUCGAGGGUAGACCUGGACACGAUGGUACCGGAAGAGAUGGCGCACCAGGUCUACCAGGGCCACAAGGUUCCCCAGGAAGAGAGAUUCAGGGACCUCCGGGUCGCCAGGGUGAAAGGGGGGAAUCAGGAAAACCAGGUGUAUCUGGCGCUCGAGGUCCCCCAGGUGUCCCCGGUGCUUGUCCAAAUGAUUGCUAUUUGGCAGCGGCGGCUGCUGCCCAAAGCCUUCGUGCAAACCAACAAACAAAGGGACCUUCUUACUAAGUCAUAAUAGAAUGUAAACAAUCACAUUUGGAAUAGCUAAAGAGAAAUAAUAAACUCUUAAAAACUACCUGCAGCCGGCAUGUAGCCGGGAACCACUGCAACAAGAUGUAACCGCAAGAAAUACCCUGAUGAUUAAAUAUGUGCAAACCAUCACAAAUUACCACCUGCCAUAAUACCUUCCAGUUACGAUCGCGGCUACCGUACUUCCAGUUGAGACGUAAUUUAUCCUCACGAAUCAAAAACCGCCCGUGAAACAGGUUUGUUCUAACUAAUAAAGAAAUUAUAUGAAAACAUGCAAUGGAAAAACGUCAAUAAUGGCAACCGAUCAGUUGGGGCGUGCAGAAACUGAAGGUUACAUUGCGUUAGGAUAAUUAGGUUGUUGUAUUGCAGAUUUUGAAUAAAGUUGACACGAGUGAAAAUUAUGAAAAUUGAAAAUAGUACAUUUUUCAUUAUUAGAACAAAAGUUGAAAAAUCGAACUUUUUUUUUUUUGGUGAGGAGGCAAAGUGGUCACUCGCACAUGUCACGCUAGAAGGGUUAGAUUUAUGCGUGUUUUCUUGUCCAAAUAUGUUUAAAUCUUUAUUGAAAUAGUAGGUACAUGUAUGAAAUGAGCUAGGCCUAUUCACCUAGAGUCGUAAUUGCAAUUUUCUCAGACGUACAAAAACGUAGUAGGAAACACACAACGUUUUUCAUAAUGAGGCUUGGUUUUGGUUGGGGUGGCAUAUUCCUCCUGUGUCAAAACUACAAAAGGGACCUCUUCAGAAGCAGAAAGUGAUAAGAUAUAUCAGCUUUUGAUAACAGAACUUUGUCAGUAGUAAUCUCCACUGACUACUUUGCCCCCCAUACAACGAAAUGCUAAAUAUGUGAAAUAAUCGCUGAAAUUAAACAAAAUAUCUGUUCAGCUUUCCUACAAUAUGUGAACAGUCGUUCAAACUGUGGAUUUGUCGAAAAUAACAGGUCAAAUAAACUAAAUUCACUAAAAAUUCUUUAAAUUCGAAACGCACAAAACUACGGCCGAAUGGCUACCGAGAGAGCGAUUUUUAUUUUUAUUUAUAUUUCGACAUGCGAUAGCUCCACUGAAGAGUCAAGAGUCAUAAAAUUCUUCAAACAUAAGAUGACUAUCAAUACGGUAUCAAUAGUCAAUAGUUAUACAGGUCGGGCUCGAUUAUCCGGAGUAU